AUGCCGCCAAGUCCUUCGGAUGGAAUGUUAAUUACAAAAGCAGAAAAGAAACUAACCACGAAGAUAAUGAUUAAUCAAGCUUUGAUGGAUCUUAAUAGCAGGAAAGGCGUCUCUCUUUACGCAAUUAAGAAGUAUAUACAAGAAAAAUACAACGUUGAUACGGAAAAGUUAAACUUUCAUAUGAAAAAGUACAUAAAGAAGGCAGUUGAAGAGGGCAAAAUCGUUCAAAUGAAAGGAAUCGGCGCUUCUGGGUCCUUCAAGCUAGUUCCAGUAAAGGAAAAGAAACCUAAACCCAAAAAGAUGUUAAAGAGAAAAGAAAAACGAAAAUCCAGAAAAAAGAAGAAAACUAAAGAAAUAUCUAAGACUAAGGACGAAGCAGAAAAAAGUUAA